AUGGAGAGUUAUCUGACCCAAAACUUCGAUGUGAAGGCGAAGCAUUCCUCUGAGGAAGCUCUUUCGAAAUGGCGUAAUCUUUGUGGCGUUGUCAAGAAUCCUAAACGCCGUUUUCGCUUCACCGCUAAUCUCUCUAAACGUUAUGAAGCGGCUGCGAUGCGCCGCACCAAUCAGGAGAAACUGAGGAUCGCAGUUCUUGUGUCAAAAGCUGCCUUUCAAUUUAUCUCUGGUGUGUCUCCAAGUGACUACACCGUCCCCGAAGAAGUCAAAGCCGCAGGCUAUGACAUCUGCGCUGACGAGCUAGGAUCCAUAGUCGAAAGCCACGACGUCAAGAAACUAAAGUUCCACGGUGGAGCUGAUGGACUCGCCAGUAAACUCAAGACCUCUCCCACCGAAGGACUCUCAACAGACACUAAAAGCCUUUCCCAAAGACAAGACCUCUUCGGUAUCAACAAGUUCGCGGAGAGCGAACUAAAAAGCUUCUGGGUGUUUGUAUGGGAAGCACUUCAAGACAUGACGCUUAUGAUCCUCGGUGUUUGCGCAUUCGUGUCUUUAAUCGUUGGUAUAGCUACCGAAGGAUGGCCUAAAGGGUCACAUGAUGGUCUUGGCAUAGUGGCCAGUAUUCUCUUGGUUGUGUUUGUUACAGCUACUAGCGAUUAUCGUCAGAGUUUACAGUUUAGAGAUUUGGAUAAGGAGAAGAAGAAGAUUACUGUCCAGGUGACGCGGAGCGGGUUUAGACAGAAGUUGUCUAUCUAUGACUUGCUGCCUGGUGAUGUCGUUCAUCUUGCUAUCGGCGAUCAAGUACCCGCUGAUGGUCUUUUUUUGUCCGGAUUCUCCGUGGUGAUCGAUGAGUCUAGUUUAACUGGUGAGAGUGAGCCUGUGAUGGUGAAUGCACAGAACCCUUUUUUAUUGUCUGGAACCAAAGUGCAAGAUGGGUCAUGUAAGAUGCUGGUUACUACUGUUGGGAUGAGGACUCAAUGGGGGAAGCUUAUGGCGACUUUAACCGAAGGAGGAGACGACGAAACUCCGCUGCAAGUGAAGCUUAAUGGAGUUGCUACCAUCAUUGGAAAGAUUGGUCUCUUCUUUGCGGUUGUCACUUUCGCUGUUUUGGUGCAAGGGAUGUUUAUGAGGAAGCUUUCCACGGGGACUCAUUGGAUUUGGUCUGGUGAUGAGGCUUUAGAGCUUCUUGAAUAUUUUGCUAUCGCGGUGACGAUUGUCGUCGUCGCGGUUCCUGAAGGUUUGCCUUUGGCUGUGACGCUGAGUCUCGCGUUUGCGAUGAAGAAAAUGAUGAAUGAUAAAGCUCUUGUGAGACAUUUAGCAGCUUGUGAGACUAUGGGAUCAGCAACUACCAUUUGUAGUGACAAGACGGGUACACUCACUACCAAUCACAUGACCGUUGUGAAGUCUUGCAUUUGCAUGAAUGUGCAAGAUGUUGCUAGUAGAGGCUCCACUUUGCAAUCAGAGAUCCCUCAAUCUGCUUUAAAGCUGUUGAUUCAGUCUAUUUUUAACAACACUGGUGGUGAAGUUGUUGUGAAUAAGCAUGGUAAGACUGAGAUCUUGGGGACACCAACCGAGACAGCUAUCUUGGAGCUUGGAUUGUCUCUUGGUGGUAAGUUUCAAGAAGAGAGGAAGUCUUAUAAAGUAAUCAAAGUUGAGCCGUUCAACUCUACAAAGAAGAGAAUGGGAGUUGUGAUAGAGCUUCCUGAAGGAGGAAAACUCCGUGCUCACACCAAAGGAGCUUCAGAGAUAGUUCUUGCUGCUUGUGAUAAAGUUGUGAACUCUAGUGGUGAGGUUGUGCCUCUUGAUGAAGAAUCUAUCAAGUAUCUGAACGUUACUAUCAAUGAGUUUGCUAAUGAAGCUCUUCGUACGCUUUGCCUUGCUUACAUGGAUCUUGAAAACGGGUUUUCGCCGGAUGAUGCUAUCCCUGCUUCAGGGUUUACUUGUGUGGGGAUAGUUGGAAUCAAGGAUCCUGUUCGUCCUGGUGUUAAAGAGUCUGUUGAGCUUUGUCGCCGUGCUGGAAUCACUGUGAGAAUGGUUACUGGAGAUAACAUUAACACAGCUAAAGCAAUUGCAAGAGAAUGUGGGAUUCUAACUGAUGAUGGUAUAGCAAUUGAAGGUCCAGUGUUCAGAGAGAAGAGCCAAGAAGAAUUACUAGAACUGAUUCCAAAGAUUCAGGUGAUGGCUCGUUCUUCACCAAUGGAUAAACAUACACUUGUGAAGCAGUUAAGGACAACGUUUGAUGAAGUUGUUGCUGUGACUGGAGAUGGCACAAACGAUGCACCUGCACUUCAUGAAGCUGAUAUUGGAUUAGCAAUGGGAAUUGCUGGAACUGAAGUGGCUAAAGAGAGUGCUGAUGUCAUCAUUCUAGACGAUAAUUUCAGCACAAUCGUCACAGUUGCUAAAUGGGGACGUUCUGUUUACAUAAACAUCCAGAAGUUCGUUCAGUUUCAGCUUACUGUUAAUGUUGUUGCAUUGAUUGUUAACUUCUCUUCAGCUUGCUUAACCGGAAGUGCUCCUUUAACUGCUGUUCAAUUGCUAUGGGUGAACAUGAUCAUGGAUACACUUGGAGCUCUUGCUUUAGCUACAGAGCCACCAAACAACGAGCUAAUGAAACGCUUACCCGUUGGAAGGAGAGGAAAUUUCAUCACCAACGCCAUGUGGAGGAACAUUCUAGGACAGUCUUUGUAUCAGUUCAUAGUCAUUUGGUUUCUCCAAGCUAAAGGGAAGUCUAUGUUUGGUCUUGAUGGUCCUGACUCAACUCUCAUCUCACGAGAGAUGGAAGAGAUUGAUGUUUUCAAGGGAAUACUGGACAACUAUGUCUUUGUGGUUGUGAUCGGUGCAACGGUUUUCUUUCAGAUCAUAAUCAUUGAGUUCUUGGGAACAUUUGCAAGCACCACACCUCUCACAAUAGUCCAAUGGAUCUUCAGUAUCAUCAUAGGUUUCUUGGGUAUGCCAAUAGCUGCAGGAUUGAAGAUGAUUCCUGUCUGA